UGUGUUGAAAUAGCGUCACUUUCACUUUCCAGCCUUCUUACUUCGUUGAAACAUAGGCCCUAGAGAUGCAACCCUCAAGCCCAUUAAAUUGAAAGGCAUGAAUUUUACCAAAUCAAUCGUACAUCAGAGACCUGAUUACGUUACAGAGCGCCAGCACUUGGUCUACAUUCUAAUUCUACAUCACCAUCGUCGUGUGAAUAGAAAGACUAGAGAUCAAGAUCUAUAGCCUACAAAAAUGUAAACAAAUCGCCGGCCCUUGCAGUGCCCUGAAGGCCGAAGAGUGGCCCGCCCAGUUGUGGCAGUUCAGCUGUUGAGUGAGGCAGACUUUUCUUCCAAGGGGUUAAAAAAGCAACAAAGCUCAACAGUCAAAGACUAUUGUCAUGAUGUGAUGCAUACCUCAAGUUAAUCACAGUCUGUAUUAGACAAGAACUGGACUCGGAGGCAGAGUUGGAGGUCAGCAUGGCACACUUUUAUGAGGCAUCAUCGUUUCUGCAAGAUUUGGACAUUCUGUUGAAAAUUCUUAAGCAAGGAAACAGAACAUUGUUGGAAGAUGUUCUAGAACAGAAAUGUGAGCCUCGGAUGGAUGACCAGAUGUAUUUCCAACUGUGCCUCAUUCCCGCAUUCCUCAUCCUGAUAUCAUUCAGCCUGACACAGAGGAGGAGGAAUGUGAUGGUGGACUGCUUCAGAGGACGGCCAGGUUUUGUCUACCCCAUGGAUAUGCUGACACGCUCCAAUCGCCUCUCCUAUGCCUGUGCCUUUGGUGCUACGGUGUAUCUUGUUUACAAAGUGGUCUUUGAAAACUUUUACGCUUUUGAUUAUGAAGGACCGGCCUAUCUGCACACCCUGGCAGCUAUCGCUUCUAUGCUGGUCUAUGGCAUGGUAUACUUCCCCGUCUUCGCCUGUCUCUCCAUCGGAUCUGUCUACGGGUACGGUUUGGGAGCACUCUAUGUUUGGAUGAUGACAGUGGUGGAAAUUUUGCGGCUCUUUGACUGCGAUGAGGAAUUG